CGUGCAGCAAGAGCGACCGACGGCCGCUUAAGGUGGCCUCAAGACGGAUUCCGUUGCCAUUUUGGCUCAAGCCAUUUCGGCUCAAGCUGUUCGGCUCAAACUCUGUAAAGCAUCACUUCGCAUGGAUUCUGGCAGCCUUCUCGGGAUCUUAGGUCUCAGUAGCUCGCAGGUGGAGGAGGCGGAACGCGCAGCUACUGUCGUCGACGCACGCGAAGCCUUCACAGAGGUGCUCGCAGAGGCCGAUAUCGAGGCGCUCUAUGUCUACCACCAGCCCGGUGAGGCGCGGGACCUGAACCUCUCGGACUGGCUCGGCGUGCCUUGGGAUGUUGCAGCUCUAGGGCAGCCUUGCUGUGCCGCCACUCAGCGCCUCUGGCGCUUGAAUCGCAUCGUCGAGCGGCUCGCCAGUGCGCUUGGGGACGGGGCCGACUGGGUCGGCAUCUACCGGGUGGUCGAUGGACUGCAUUCCCAGUGCCUUUUGAAGGAGGCUUACAGGGGUUCUGUUAGCCGCGGGAUUUUUCCAUUGACCGAUGAGUUCGCCAAGGGGUCUAACAAUUCCACUUGCGCAAUGCAGCGUCGUGCGACUAUUGUUGGAGACACUAGUGUGCUAAAACAGGGGCAGCCCUAUUAUGAAUGAUGCAGCAAAGUGCGUGCUGAAUGUUGCAUGCCGAUUCUUGGCGCAAGUGGAUCAUGUGUCGGCCUCAUCGAUGCGGAGUCUUGGACACCAGGAUUUUUCGAUGACGUUCGCGUGGGCAUAGUGGCAAGAUGUGCCUUGGAUGUGGCCAGCGUUUUGGUGGUUCGAGAUGAUGUCGACGCAGAGAAUGCCGCGUAGCGUCACAGUACCAUGACCAUCUUGACUCGACUGCGCCCCGUGUGCUGACAUCCGAAUGACUUCUCUUGCGAGGCCUUGCAGUCAAGCAGUAGUAUUGCUGUUGAGCGACCACUUCUGCAGCUCUCACUUUGAACAUGCUUGAUUCGCCGUCGCUGCAAGUUGGGCUUAUCCUCUCCAAAGUAAGGCGGCAUGCCAGCCAUGCUGUCAAGCGCUGCUAACCUCUCAACCCGCACACGCUGAUUCUCGCUUUCCAGUGGAUCAAACUAUAGCUCUAGUUUCUCCCUUGGGGCUUACCAAUUUUGUCUUUUCGAUUCGGGUAUCUGUGCCGAGGCCAGGUCGUGCGUUUGCGGACAGCUGUUUUUUUCCCAUGCCAAGUUGCACAUGUGAGGCACCGCAUUGACAGGGCUCUGUCAGCAUGGCGGCCGCUGAGUGUUCAAUUUGUGUUCAAUUUCUGAUGGGAUAAAGGUUGACCGCUGGUGCAUAUAUCACAAAA